UUUGCAGAGACAGUAGAGCGUAGAUGGACAUCGCAAACAUCACAUUCGAAGGAUGGUGUCCAGAAGUAUGCGACAAGUGGAUGUGCUGGCCAGCAACACCGACCGGCUCAAACGUCACCAUGGACUGUCCAAAAGUAAAGGGAACUUUAGAAAACGCAAAAGCAUACAAGUACUGCAACCCGUCUGGGGGAUGGGAGACCAAAAAUGGUACAAACGAGUCAUACACUCACUACGAAAGCUGCAUUAUGCCACAGCUGCAGGAAUUGGCCAGGAUGUGCGAGGAAUUUGGACAAAACACUUGCUCGCAGAUCGGGCGUAUAACUAGAUGUAUAGAAAUGGUGGGGCUUUCAUUCUCAUUUGUUACAUUAGUCGUGUCUUUAUACAUUUUUUCUACAUAUCGUGUACUUAAGAAUAAUAGAACAAAAAUCCACAAAAACCUAUUUGUGGCUACGUUACUUCAAGUGAUCUUCAGGUUAAUAAAAUACAUCGACCAAGGCCUAGAUCAUGAUUACCAAUUUCUACAACGGUUGUACCUGAACGAAGCCUGCACGGCACUGUUGGAGUACGCGAAAACAGCAAUGUUCAUGUGGAUGUUCAUCGAGGGGUUGUACUUGCACAACAUGAUUACCGUGACGGUAUUCCAGGAAUACUCCUACAUCAAAAUCUACUGUAUUGUCGGAUGGACAGUACCGGCUGUCAUGACCACUGUUUGGUUGGUGAUAAUGCUGACGCAGGAGGCACAAACAACAUGGGAAUAUUACUACUUUCUCGACUAUUAUUGGAUACUGGAAGGACCGAGGUCAACAGUCAUUGUGGUGAACCUGUUGUUUCUACUAAAUAUAAUCAGGGUAUUAAUAGUGAAAUUACGAGAGAGCCAAACCAGUGAAAUUGAGCAGGUCAGAAAAGCAGUGAGAGCGGCCAUCUUCCUGUUACCGCUUAUGGGAAUCUCCCACCUGCUGUUUUUCUACUACAGAUUCAACAAGGCAUGGAAGUUUGCUGUUUGGUCGUUUUCCGCGUACUUCCUGGGUACCUUUCAGGGAUUCUUUGUAGCUGUGCUUUAUUGCUUUUUAAAUGGCGAGGUGCAAACGGCAAUAAGGAACAGCUUCUACCUCCACAUGUCCUUGAGAAACUACGAGUACACGUCUUGUCGAAAUUUUACAUUAAUCUCGAUCGUCCACGAUGAAAGCAGUAUUCAAAAUGGGGAGGCUACUCCAUGGUUACAAUGUUGUGCACAAAAUGCAGAAACACCUGAUGACGAAAAAGAUGUUAGCUAUCCAGAGCUUAACAAGAGGCGUGAUACGUCAACAGUAAUCACAGAGCUAUCGACAGUUAAUUCAUCAAUCUAUAAAUGUUCCAUGAAAGAAAAAUUGUCCACGAAUAAUAUAAUAGAAGAAACAGAGAUGAAAUGAGCAUAAUUUUGACUUAAAGUGUAUUGUUUAUUUUAAUAUAUAUUUCCAUAAAU